UCUUCUCUCCGCCGGCAGCGCGCUUUGCCAUUGAGCCGCUAAAGUCUCGACAUAAUUCCGCACCCAGCUCUCGCCGCGCUAUAAAAGCCCACUCGGAGGGAAAAGGCCGUCAUGAUGAGCAACAACUACCCCGACGUGCAGCCGCCGCCGCCGCAGUACUACCAGGGCACCGACCUCGGGGAAGAGGAGGACGACGAGAUGCCCGCCACGGAGAAGGACCUGGCCGAGGACGCGCCGUGGAAGAAGAUCCAGCAGAACACCUUCACCAGGUGGUGCAACGAGCACCUCAAGUGCGUCAACAAAAACAUCAACGACCUGCAGCGGGACUUUAGCGACGGGCUCAAGCUCAUCUCCCUCCUGGAGGUGCUGAGCCAGAAGAAGAUGUACAGAAAGCACCACGCCAGACCCAACUUCCGGCAGAUGAAGCUGGAGAACGUUUCCGUGGCGCUCGAGUUCCUGGACAGGGAGCGGAUCAAAUUGGUGUCCAUAGACAGUAAAGCCAUCGUAGACGGAAACCUAAAGUUGAUCCUGGGGCUCAUCUGGACUCUCAUCCUGCACUACUCCAUCUCUAUGCCCAUGUGGGAUGAUGAGGACGAUGAAGAGGCCAAAAAGCUGACACCCAAACAGCGCCUGCUGGGCUGGAUCCAGAACAAGGUGCCCCAGUUGCCCAUCCACAACUUCAACCGUGACUGGAGGGACGGCAAGGCCCUGGGGGCCCUGGUGGACAACUGCGCCCCUGGUCUGUGUCCGGAUUGGGCAGACUGGGACCCUAACCAGCCUGUGGAGAAUGCCAGAGAAGCCAUGCAGCAGGCUGAUGACUGGCUGGGUGUGCCUCAGGUGAUUGCACCCGAGGAGAUUGUGGACCCAGAUGUGGACGAGCACUCAGUGAUGACUUACCUGUCCCAGUUCCCCAAAGCAAAGCUCAAGCCCGGCGCUCCCCUCAGGCCCAAGCAGCUCUUCCCCAACAAAGCCAAGGCUUAUGGACCAGGAAUUGAGCCUCAUGGAAACAUGGUACUGAAGCCAGCGGUGUUCACCGUGGAGACUCUGGAAGCAGGAAGUGGUGAGGUCCUGGUGUAUGUGGAGGAUCCUGAAGGACACAAAGAGGAAGCUAAGGUUAAACCCAACAAGGACAAGAACAGAACCUACACCGUCACCUACGUGCCCAAGGUUGAGGGCAUCCAUAAGGUCAAAGUGCUGUUUGCUGGUCAGGAUAUCGACAAGAGCCCCUAUGUGGUGAAUGUGGCAAAGGCUAUGGGCGACCCAAGCAAGGUCCAUGCCCGAGGACCAGGUCUGGAGGCUACAGGCAAUGUGGCUAACAAGCCCACAUACUUUGACAUUUACACUGCAGGUGCUGGUAACGGUGAUGUCAGUGUGGUCAUCGUUGACCCACUGGGCAAAAAGGACACAGUGGAACUUAUGCUGGAGAACAAGGGGGACAGUGUUUUUCGCUGCACUUAUCGACCUAUGCUGCAGGGCCCCCAUACCAUCCACAUAAUGUUCGCCGGCCAGGAGAUCCCCAAGAGUCCUUUCACUGUCAACAUCGCAGAAGCUCCGCCCAUUGCUCCUCCCACUGGAGCUCCAGUGCAGAUAGUGCCCCAGUCAGUGCGCACCCCUACUGGAGCAAAGGGCGGAAAGGGGGCUCACCCCCUCAUGCCUGGCCGACCAACCAUCAAUCCCAACGCCUGCAAAGCCACAGGCAGAGGCCUUCAGCCUAAAGGGGUGAGAGUGAAGGAUGUGGCCGACUUCAAGGUUUUCACCAAGGGGGCUGGCAGUGGAGAGCUGCAGGUCUCAGUCAAAGGGCCAAGUGGAGCAGAGGAGCCGGUGAAAGUGCGCAAUGUUGGAGAUGGAGUGUACGAGUGUGAAUAUCACCCCAUGAAGCCUGGUAAAUAUACCGUCAGUAUAACCUGGGGAGGACAGCCCAUCCCUCGCAGUCCCUUCGAGGUUGAGGUGAGCAUGGACGCUGGCUUUCAGAAGGUGAGGGCCUGGGGACCGGGUCUGCAGACUGGCAUGGUGGGCAAAUCUGCUGACUUUGUGGUCGAAGCCAUUGGCACUGAAGUUGGAACUCUGGGCUUCUCCAUUGAAGGGCCAUCUCAGGCUAAGAUUGAGUGUGAUGAUAAGGGCGAUGGCUCCUGUGAUGUGCGCUACUGGCCCACUGAGGCUGGCGACUAUGCUGUUCACGUCAUCUGUGAUGAUGAAGACAUCAAGGACAGCCCUUUCAUCGCCACCAUCCUCCCAGCAGCCAAUGAUGUCUUCCCUGAGAAGGUGAAAGCCUUUGGUCCAGGCCUGGCACCUACUGGAGUCAUUGUCAAUAAACCAACCGAGUUCACCAUCGAUGCCCGCAUGGCAGGAAAGGGUUACCUCAAGAUCUAUGCACAGGACACAGAGGGCUGCACCAUCGACAUCAAGAUCAAUGACAAGGGCGACGGCACCUUCCUGUGUGUGUACACUCCCAGUAAACCCAUCAAACACACCAUUAUCAUCACCUGGGGAGACGUUAACGUACCCAACAGCCCUUUCAGGAUACUGGUUGGAGAGGGCUGUCACCCAGACAAGGUCAAGGUCUUUGGGCCAGGAGUGGAGAAGACGGGCCUCAAGGCCAACGAGCCCACCUACUUCACUGUGGACUGCGGCGAGGCUGGCCAAGGGGACAUCAGCAUUGGAAUCAAGUGUGCCCCGGGAGUGGUGGGACCAGCUGAGGCAGACAUUGACUUCGACAUCAUCAAAAAUGAUAAUGACACCUUCACUGUCAAGUACACUCCCCCUGGUGCAGGUCGCUACACCAUCAUGGUGCUGUUCGCUGACCAGGAAAUUCCCAUCAGUCCCUUCAAAGUCAAGGUGGAUCCUUCUCACGACGCAGGCAAGGUGAGAGCCGAGGGCCCCGGACUCAACAAGACAGGAGUGGAAGUGGGCACCCCCACCCACUUCACCAUCUACACAAAGGGAGCGGGAAAGGCCAAGCCUGAGGUGCAUUUUACAGCAUCUGGACCAGGAGAUGCCGUUACUGACUUCGAAAUUAUCGACAACCAUGAUUACUCCUACACUGUGAAGUACAGCGCUCUCCAACAGGGCAACCUUGCAAUCUCAGUGACUCAUGGAGGAGAUCCCAUUCCCAAGAGUCCAUUCCACAUCACUGUGGCUCCUCCUCUAAAUCUUGCCAAGGUCAAAGUGGAAGGAUUAGACACCAAGGUGGAGGUCGGAAAGGAUCAGGAAUUCACUGUCAACACCCAGGGUGCUGGAGGGCAGGGCAAUGUAGGUGUGAAGAUGACCUCACCCUCUGGCCGACCAAUCCCUUGCAAGCUCGAAUCAGACAAAGCCAAAGGCACUCACAGUGUGAAGUACAUCCCACCAGAAGAGGGACAAUACAAGGUCGAUGUCAGCUAUGACGGCAACCCAGUGACAGGAAGCCCCUUUGGAGUUGAGGGGGUGAUGCCUGCUGACCCUUCAAAGGUACGAGCUUAUGGUCCAGGCCUGAAGGGUGGGAUUGUGGGAAAACCGGCCCCAUUCACUAUUGACACCAAGGGAGCCGGAGCAGGUGGGCUGGGCCUAACCGUGGAGGGCCCCUGCGAGGCUAAGAUUGAAUGCCAGGACAACGGAGAUGGCACAUGCUCAGUGUCCUACCUGCCCACUGAGCCUGGAGAGUACGCCAUCAACAUCCUGUUUGCUGAGCAACACAUCCCUGGCUCCCCCUUCAAGGCGGUGGUGCAGCCAGCGUUCGACCCCAGCAAGGUGACAGCCAGUGGGCCCGGUCUGGAGAAGGCUAAAUCUGGGGAACCAGCCACCUUCACGGUGGACUGCACCCGGGCAGGGGACGCUGAGCUCACCAUUGAGAUUGUUUCAGAGACCGGUGUUAAGGCUGAGGUGCACAUUCAGAAGACUGCGGAGGGGACAUUCUCUGUGACCUACAUCCCACCGUUCCAUGGUUCACACACCAUCACCAUCAAGUAUGGCGGGCGCAUCAUUCCCCAGUUCCCCAAGGUCAUCCAGGUGGAGCCCGCUGUGGACACCAGUGGGGUGCAGGUCUAUGGGCCAGGAGUGGAGCCCAGAGGAGUCCUCAGAGAGGUCACGACCCACUUCAUCGUGGAUGCCCGUGCCAUCAGCAAAAGCAGCGGAAACCAUGUGAAAAUCCGCAUCAUGAACCCCUCAGGCUCCAACACAGACGCCUACAUAACUGACAAAGGGGAUGGAACCUACCGGGUGGAGUACACGGCCUUCGAGGAUGGUAUGCACCUGAUCGAGGUUUUGUACGAUGAUGCACCCGUGCCCAAGAGUCCCUUCAGAGUGUCCGUGGUGGAGGGUUGUGACCCGACCAGGGUCCGCGCCUAUGGACCAGGCCUGGAGGGAGGACUCACCAAUAAGGCUAACAGCUUCACUGUGGAGACCAGGGGUGCGGGGACAGGAGGCCUGGGCCUAACCAUCGAGGGAGCCUCAGAAGCCAAGAUGUCCUGCAAGGACAACAAAGAUGGCAGCUGCAAUGUUGAGUAUGUCCCCUUCACUCCCGGAGACUACGACAUCAACAUCACCUAUGGAGGCCACCCCAUUCCUGGCAGUCCAUUCCAUGUGCCAGUGCGAGACCCAGUGGACCCCAGCAAGGUGAAAUGCUCUGGCCCAGGCCUUGGAUCUGGGGUGCGGGCCCAUGUUCCCCAAACCUUCACUGUGGACUGCACCCAGGCUGGACAGGCCCCUCUGGAUGUCAAGCUCUAUGGCCCAACAGGAACUUCAGAGCCCGUUGGUGUGAAGAACAAUGGUGAUGGGACUCACACAGUCCACUACACCCCGGGCCAGGAUGGCCCUUACACUGUAGCUGUUAAAUACGCUGACCAGGAGGUGCCACACAGCCCAUUCAAGGUAAUGUCUCUGCCUGGGCAUGAUGCUAGCAAGGUGCGUGCUAGCGGCCCAGGUUUGGACACCAAAGGUGUGUCUGCAAGCCUUCCAGUUGAGUUUACAAUCGACGCUCGUGACGCUGGAGAGGGGCUGCUCACUGUCCAGAUCCUGGACCCAGAGGGAAAGCCUAAGAAGGCGACCAUCCAGGACAACAGGGAUGGCACGUACACUGUGUCCUACGUACCAGACUCCACAGGGCCCUACACCAUCACCAUCAAAUAUGGAGGAGAUGAAAUCCCUUACUCCCCAUACCGCAUCCAGUCCCUGCCCACGGGAGAUGCCAGCAAAUGUCUGCUCACAGUGUCUAUUGGAGGACAAGGCGUGUCGAGUCUUCAGAAGCUGCAGACGUCAGAGGACACGGUCAUCACUGUGGACGCAAAGGCCGCCGGGAAGGGCAAGGUGACCUGCAAGGUGCUGACCCCCGAGGGAGUGGAGCUGGACAUGGACGUGGUGGAGAAUCACGAUGGGACCUUCGACAUCUACUACACCGCCCCCCAGCCUGGCAAAUAUGUCAUCACCAUCCGCUUUGGAGGACAGAACAUACCCAAGAGCCCCUUCCACGUGGUGGCCUCAAAUGAGCCGGUUGUUCCUCGGGACAGUGUAGAUCCUCUCUUCCGUCCCCUGAACCUAGUUGUCCCCUUCACUCCUCAGCAGGGAGACAUCACAGGUGAGGUGCGUAUGCCAUCAGGAAAAACCGCCCGGCCCCAUAUCACAGACAACAAGGAUGGCACCAUCACAGUCAAGUACCAGCCCACUGAAAGAGGCCUGCACGAAAUGGACAUCAAAUAUGAAAGCAACCACAUCCCGGGAAGCCCUCUUCAGUUCUAUGUGGAUGCAAUGAACAGCGAAGUGGUGACCGCUUACGGUCCAGGGCUCAGCUACGGCAUGGUCAACAAGCCUGCCACCUUCACAGUGGUCACCAAGAAUGCUGGGGAAGGUGGUCUGUCACUCGCGGUGGAGGGUCCCUCCAAAGCAGAGAUCACCUGUAAGGACAACAAAGAUGGCACCUGCAUUGUGUCAUACCUGCCUACCGCCCCAGGAGACUACAACAUUAUUGUCAAGUUUGACAAUAAACACAUUCCUGGCAGUCCUUUCACUGCUAAAAUUACAGGAGAUGACUCCAUUACCAGGACGUCCCAACUGAAUGUUGGCACAGCAGCUGACGUCUCUUUGAAGAUUGCUGAGACAGACCUGAGCUCUCUAACUGCCAGCAUCAGAGCACCAUCCGGCAACGAGGAGCCCUGCCUGCUCAAGAGACUGCCCAAUAGACACAUUGGUAUCUCUUUCACUCCCAAGGAGGUUGGCGAGCACGAGGUAAGCGUGAGGAAGAAUGGCAUGCACGUGGCCAACAGCCCCUUCAAGAUCAUGGUCGGCCAGUCGGAGAUUGGUGAGGCCAGUAGAGUCAAGGCCUUCGGCAAAGGCCUGGUGGAGGCGCACACCUUUGAGAUGGCCGAGUUCUUUGUGGACACGAGGAACGCUGGUUACGGGGGUCUAGGAUUGUCAAUUGAGGGUCCAAGCAAAGUUGAUAUCAACUGUGAGGAUGUGGAGGAUGGGACAUGCAGAGUUACCUACUGUCCUACGGAGCCUGGGAACUACACAGUCAACAUCAAGUUUGCUGAAAAACACAUCCCAGGAAGUCCUUUCACUGUGAAGGUGACCGGUGAGGGAAGGAUGAAAGAGAGCAUUACCAGAAAGAGACAGGCGUCCUCCAUUGCUUCAGUGGGCAGCACAUGCGGCCUCAACCUCAAAAUCCCAGGGAAUUGGUUCCAGAUGGUUUCAGCUCAGGAGAGGCUGACCAGGACGUUCACACGCAGCAGCCACACGUACACACGCACGGAACGCACAGAGAUCAGCAAGACCCGUGGAGGAGAGACCAAGAGGGAGGUGCGCGUUGAAGAAAGCACCCAGGUGGGAGGUGGCGGCAGCCCCUUCAGAGACGUAUUUGGAGACUUCCUGGGCAGAGAGAGCCUCAGCAGCUUUGCUGGGAUCACUGCCAGACCUGAGGUGGAGAGCGGCGGCUCUCAAGCCAUGACGGCUCAAGUGACCAGCCCCAGUGGGAAGAUGAUGGAUGCUGACCUCAUCGAUGGCGGCAACAGCACCUACAGCGUGCGUUUCAUCCCCCAGGAGAUGGGCCCCCACACCGUCAACGUAAAGUACAGGGGCCAGCACGUCCCUGGAAGUCCCUUCCAGUUCACUGUGGGUCCCAUGGGGGAGGGAGGGCCGCACAAGGUCCGUGCUGGAGGAACCGGCCUGGAGAGAGGUGUCGCCGGAGCACCAAGUGAGUUCAGUAUCUGGACCAGAGAGGCUGGUGCCGGCGGUCUGUCCAUCGCUGUGGAGGGGCCCAGCAAAGCUGAGAUCUCCUUUGAAGACAGAAAGGAUGGAUCCUGCGGAGUCUCCUACAUUGUGAAGGAGCCAGGCGACUACGAGGUGUCAAUCAAGUUCAACAAUGAGCACAUCCCUGACAGCCCGUUCAUCGUUCCCAUCGCCACCCUGUCAGAUGAGGCCAGCCGGCUCACUGUCACAAGCCUUCAGGAGAAGGAUUUGAAAGUGAACCAGGAAGCGUCUUUCAUGGUGCAGCGCAAUGGAGCACGAGGCGUGGUCGACGCCAAGGUCCACACACCCUCUGGCUCUGCUGAGGAAUGCUAUGUCACCGAGCUCGAUAGCGACAAGAAUGCAAUCCGUUUCAUCCCGCGAGAGAACGGCGUCCACUCCAUCGAUGUCAAGUUCAACGGGUGCCACAUUCCAGGGAGCCCUUUCAACGUGCGGGUCGGUGAGCCUGGACAAAUAGGAGACCCAGGCAUGGUAACCGCACAUGGCCCUGGACUAAAGGGAGGAACCACAGGUGUACCCUCAGACUUUGUGGUCAACACUUGCAACGCAGGCUCGGGGGCGCUGUCGGUCAACAUUGAUGGUCCAUCCAAGGUGAAGAUGGACUGCCAGGAGUGUCCUGAGGGAUACAAGGUCACCUACACGCCCAUGGCCCCCGGCAACUAUCUCAUCACCAUCAAAUACGGCGGGCCGCAGCACAUAGUGGGCAGCCCUUUCAAAGCCAAAAUCACAGGUACUAGGUUGUCAGGGGGACACAGCCUACAUGAGACCUCCUCCGUCCUUGUGGAGACCGUUACCAAGUCCUCCAAGGUUGGUGGAGCCUUUAGCACCGCCUCCUCCUCCUCCUCCUCAGUUAAACUAUCAUCAGAUGCCAGCAAGGUGGUGUGUCGCGGACCAGGGUUGUCAAAGGCUUUGGUGGGCCAGAAAAACACUUUCAGUGUCGACUGCGGCAAAGCAGGUACCAACAUGCUGAUGGUGGGUGUGCACGGUCCCCGGGCCCCCUGCGAGGAAGUGUAUGUCAAGCACAUGGGAAACAAGCUCUAUAAUGUUACCUACACCAUCAAGGACAAGGGCAACUACACCGUCAUUGUCAAAUGGGGUGAUGAUAACGUUCCCGGGAGCCCCUACAAAGUGGCUGUGCCUUGAAUGAACUGAGACACCCCCGCAGUACACACACACACACACACACACACACAUACACACACACAGUUGCACCCAAAACCAGCCUUCCCUAAUCUUCCUCCAGCACUGCUCCAAGCUCUUUAGUGGAUUUCUCUGUAGCCAUCAUGCACUAAAAUCCUAGAUGGAGUGUCUCCUUCUUUUUUACCUGGAGACAACACAUUUCAGCUAUACCAAGUUCGUGCCAAGUUUUAUAUUGAGUCUAGUGGUUCAUCCACAUCACAUGACCUUCGCAUUGUGAGUGACAGAGAGGGCACAGCGUGGUGUAUAAAGGUCUUCCCGAGUGGCCGAGUGAUUUUUGAUUGGUCCAGAUAUCCUCCCUUCGUCUCCCGGGUGUGUUGUAAAACGUUGCUUAAUGUGUGAAUGUCAAGAGAAGCUGCAAUAUUAACCAGUAUUCAAGUGUGAACUUAGAUGGUUUUUGUAUGCUUAAAGAACGAGAAGUUGUUUUGUCUUUUGUUGUAUUAACCUAUUUUUUUUGGUAAGUCUUUGCAAACCUAAUAAAAAAGAAAAAACUGAAUUGCUACA